GCCAGUGAUUUUUUAUUGAGCGCCUAUUGUGAAUCAGGCACAGAAUGUCCUAAGCGUUGGACAAACAGGGCCAAGUUUCUCCGGCCUCUAAAACUUCCACUGACCAUGUAAGGAGAGGCAGCUGCUGGGGGCGUCACUGGGAUCUAAAGAUAGCGGUCCCUGCCUCGGACUCCGAACGCCACCGGGCUGCGGGAGCCGCCAUGGCACGGCAGCAUGCCCGGACCCUGUGGUAUGACAGGCCCAAGUAUGUGUUCAUGGAGUUUUGUGUUGAGGACAGCACCGAUGUCCAGGUGCUCAUAGAAGACCACCGCAUUGUGUUCAGGAAUGCCGAUGGAGUGGAGUUGUACAAUGAGAUUGAGUUCUAUGCCAAGGUGAACUCCAAGGACUCCCAGGAUAAGCGCUCUGGCCGCUCCAUUACUUGCUUUGUGAGGAAAUGGAAGGAGAAAGUAGCCUGGCCCCGGCUCACCAAGGAGGAUAUCAAGCCAGUGUGGUUGUCUGUGGACUUUGAUAACUGGAGAGACUGGGAAGGGGAUGAAGAGGUGGAGCUGGCUCAGGUGGAACAUUAUGCAGAGCUUUUGAAGAAGGUCAGUACCAAGAGACCUCCCCCUGCCAUGGAUGAUCUGGAUGAUGAUUCUGACAGUGCAGAUACAACAAGUAAUUAACUUCUGCGCAGCAGAGCUACGAAGGAAGCUGUGGCUAUCUUCCAGUCAUUCUGACAAGCGAGGGCCUGGGCCUUUGUCCAGCUCUGGCUGUGUACCCAGGUCCUCUGGUAUCUCAGAUCUUUCCUCGAAGCUCUUAAUUAAGGGUCCUCCUUCAUGCUUUAUUUCUUUUUCCUAGGCACUUGACUAUGGUUACUGCAUCAGAUGGCAGAAUAGCAGAGGAGUAGACUGGUAGGACUUCCGACUUCCUACCAAUUGGCUAUAAUCUCUGUGUUUGGGCCACUCAUCAGGGCUCUCUUGAGUAUUUGAGCAUAUGUGGUCGAGCAACAGCCAAAGAAGCAGCAUAUAGGUUAUAAUAAAUCUCUAGGAACUGGUCUCUUUCUGCUUGUACUUCUUCCUCUAUAGUUACUCUCAAAGGGGAGGGGUAGGUGUUAGAGAUCCUGGCCCUCAUUGCUGAGGUUGGAAG